AUACCACGGUGAUUUAAUUUUCAAUAUCCCAAGAAAGAAACUCUGAAAUUCAAAAAUAGCCUUCCUGAUACUCCAGAAUGCCAAUCGACAAGAACAGCAUUAUCUAUUACCCUUCGCAACCCGACGGAGGUCUUCCGGUAGAGAACUUUCGUCGUUCUGUCGAGAUACCUGUGAUCGAGGAUGCUCGAAGAUUGCAACAUCGAGGAGUACACGAGGCACACAUUCGACCACCUCCUGGAGGUUGGAACGAUGACAGGAAACUCGGAGAUCAUGUAACAGUGGAGUACAAGGGGAAAGCGAGCGAGCACAUCACAACGCAUCAUGUGUAUAUAUCCAAGAAAUAAGUAUAAGGAUCAGGAUUGUCACGGCCUGGUCUGUUGACUAUUGCUUGAGUCCUUAUCACUGCCUCCCUACAUACGUAGUGGCCCAGGCCAUUUAGUAACGACGGUUAGUGAAG